ACCAAAGAGUCCCGCAGAUUCGAUACCGAUUGUCCCGAUCGAAACAAACGUGUCCAGACGAACCGCUAACAGAAAUUCGUGUGACUAUUUUUUGGGGCUGACACUUGAGAGGAUAAUGCUGGAUGGUCGCGCUCAUGAAGUUCACCAGAGAUCUCUGCAGGCUCUUGGGACUCGGGAGCGGCCCCCCUGUCCAGCAGCAGGAAACGCCGAUGGACUGUGGUGCAGCAACCCCUGACGCAAGGGAUGAUGCCACUUUGUCACAGGAUGUCCUAAAUGGAGAGGAAGAUUUGAGCGAAGAGGAGAAGGUCAGACGGAAGGCAGAGCGACGCAAAGCAAAGAGGAAGCGCCGUCGAAAACGUAAGAAGCAGGAGCAGGUUAAGCAAGAUGAGCAGGAUGACGACGACGAGGAGGGAGGUGCAGAGUCUGAACUUGACGAGAGCGAGUCGGAGGCAGAGGUUGGGGCUGAGGAGGAGAAACCGAGAGAGCGAAAAGAGGAGAAAAAGGAGGCAAAGUCGUCUGCCAUGCUGAAAAGUGCCACCGCUCCAGUCAUCCCUCCACCAGGGAUCAAAGCACAUGAGAGGAGCCACGGCAGACCCACUGAAGAGGAGCCUGAAUGGGACGUGAGCUGUGCCUUCUUUGCUAACGCUGCUAGCCAUAUCAAACCCAAAGGAUCAAGUCGCAAGUCCAAAGAAAAUAAGGAGAACGAGGCCAGGAGAGAGACAAAUGGAACUGACACAACCACAACCAAGAAAAGCGCAUCACUGACAGAAAAGGGGAUAAAGCUGGUGCAGGAGGGGCAGUAUGCACAAGCAGUCAUUAUGUUUACAGAUGCCAUCAAAUGUGAUCCAAAGGAUAACAGGUUCUUUGGGAAUCGCUCCUAUUGCUACUACUGCUUGGAGCAGUACCCUCAAGCCCUGGUAGACGCCGAACGCUCACUCCAGUUGGCUCCAGAUUGGCCCAAAGGACAUUUCCGCAAGGGCAGCGCUCUCAUGGGCAUGAAGCGGUACAGUGAGGCAGAGAAGGCUAUGGAGCAGGUGCUAAAACUGGACAAAGACUGUGAGGAGGCUGCCAAUGACCUCAUUAACUGUAAAGUGCUGCAGUUGAUGGAUCUUGGUUUUGAAGAAAUGCAAAGUCUCCAACUGCUGGAGAAAUUUGCAACCGUGCAGGCAAUUCAGACCGCUUGUUUGGAUGCAGCCGGGGCUGGGGGUCAGGAUCCAUCAGUCCUGCAACCUGGAAGCCCGUGUCCAUCUCUCUGGGUAGGAAAUGUGACGACUGAGAUAACGGAAAAACAUUUAUGGGACCUUUUUAAAAUGCAUGGUGAGAUAGAGAGUAUUCGUGUGCUGCAUGAGAGAUUCUGUGCCUUCGUCAACUUCAAGAAUGCAAACAUGGCGUCUCGGGCAAUGGAGAAAAUAAAUGGUUAUUGUAUUGAGAACACACGUUUAGUGGUGCGCUACCCUGACCGUCGCACUCAGAGGGUCCUCCCCAUUCCACUUAGGACCUGUCUCCCGGUCACACAGCAGGCAGGAGCAGCUGCUGCUGGACCUCGGCGACGUGGUCCGGUGAACGGAGACGAGUGUUACUUCUGGAGAACCACUGGCUGCCAUUUUGGAGACAAAUGCCGCUACAAACACAUUCCUGAUCAGAAAACCAAGGACAGGAAGCCCUGGCAGCCUUGAGUUGUGUUUACUCUCCGCCCCAGUAAUGUGCAGGAAACUGGGAGAACAUAGACUGAGCCACAGGACUGGAUCCGGUUUUCUGGUCUAAGAAUUUUAAGUGUGGCAGAACAGACCAGAGGAGUCAGAUGGAUGAGAGUCAGCACUUGGGCUGUAGGGCUGGGAUAGGCCCACGUGUGCCUCAAAGAACCAGGAGUAUGGAGGAUUUUUGUUUCAACUGAAGACGAUACUGUAGCAGCAAAAUCCCCUGAUUAAGUCUUUGUUUCAGAUGAAAACCUUCAUACUUGUAGUUCCUCAUGGUGCACAGUGACCUGUUCCUUCUCUAAGAGGUACACCCCCCCCCCUUACGAAAGACGGAGGAAGUGAAACUGCCGGGAUUCGUUGUUGGAGAAAAGUAAAGACUCUGCCAUGUGACGAAGCAAUAAAAGGAGUCAGCAUGGAUUUUGCAGGCCAAGGCUCUUCAGCGAUAACCCCGGUGACCUUCCUUCUUUCACAGGUCAUGAAGCAGUGUUUCCUCCCAAUUUUAAAUGUACAGUAACUUCAUAAUUAUAACUUUAAGUCUGUGAACCAGAUUUAUUUUUUACAGUUUAGGUUUAUCAGAGAUUCACAACUGCUCACAUCAGUCUGCGUUUCCUACUUGGGCUCCAUUUUUCCUACAUUUUGUCUCUGUGCCAAUACCAGCACAUCGUCCCCAGACCAAAGACUUGCAAACAGACGUACUUAGUCGACUUCAACUCAGUUCAGUUCCUCCCGUAGGCCGACAAGGUUUUUCUUUAAGCCAGUAAACAUCAGAGAUCCCAGAGGUGCCUUCACUAUGUGGUAUGUAGCCUUUAGUUAAAAUGAUCAACAGUGGGCUACUGGACAUCAAGACCCACAGACUGAACUUGAGGGAUUGCAGGAUUGUAUGUAUUAAUGCAUGAAUUAAAUGUAUGUCACUUUAUUCACUUACUGGCGGCCCUAUAGUUGAACAAUUGAAUACACACACUGCAUGUCUGGGUUGCGUAGGACCUAUUGUCCUUUGUAAUAAUACCUGUCGGCUGCAGAAGAAGAAAUACAAACACUGGCAAUGCCAUGCAGUCCAGUGGAAUACAAACCGUCUUUAUGAGGGCUGCAGUGUUCACCGUGUAGGUGGGACUCUGUCAGAGAGGUGGUGGUAAUUCUGAGGCCUUAGUUUUUGGUUUUGUUGUGGAGGAUUGUAUGAAAUGUCAAGUGUCAAGUUUUUUACUUCUCCCCGACUCUUCAGAAAGCAGCAAUCUGUUUACACGAUGCAAAAAAACAGCCUUCAUUCAUGUCAGCAGUACUAUUGGCAAUGUCCUUUCUUGGUAUUUUUGCAUCAUAUACGUCACAGUGCUUUUUGUCUAUGCAAAGGAAAAGUGCCAGUUCGAUUGCUAUUUCUCUCUCUCGCUCUCUCGCUCUCUCUGACUUAUACAGACACACACCCACAGAGCCUCCUGCAUAAAUAGUCAGUUUCUAUAGGUUGUUAAUGUCAAUGACUGACAAAUCAUGUAUUCUAUGACAAACUAGUGUACUAUGAGACAGUGCCUUACAAAAAAAAAACACUCAGUCGUGUACAUGUGUCUUUAAGGGCCAUGUGUGUUUACACGAUCCAUUAACAGAAGUUUUGAAUCUUGAAAAUCAGUAUUUUUGACCUAAUGGCGUCCUUCUCAGUAUUUCAGUGAACAAAAGAAAGCUUCACCUGACAGCGCCGCACUGAAAACAGCUUCCUUCUUUCACAAGUUUCAACACUAGACAGAACAUUCAGCAUGUGUCUUAACAUUUACAGCCAUGACACCUGGUUUCAAUCCACACUACAUUCGCCUGUAAACUACACACAGCAUUGUGAGAGUAUUUAUUACUUUAUUUAUAUCUGAGUUUUUUCUUUUUUACAACAGACCUUUGGAGCGAAAUUUAGCUUAGAAACUUUAGUCGGUAUUUUAAGUUAAGUGAAAUAAAGGCCCAUCUGCUUAUUUCUGGCUGUCGAGUCCAGCGUUAAAAGCUGUCACAUGCUUCCACUUCUGCUUUUGUCAUUACUCUCUGUCUUGUGGCUAAAACUUGUGAAAAAGGAAUUGGACCGCAAACUUUCAAACUGCACUUGUAUAUUUUGCUUGCUUCUUAUUUGACUGGUGCUGCACAGUGUAUUUAAUUUUGCAGACUUGAAAUCCAUUGGAAAUCACCAUCGGUUAUUUUAAUUUCCCAUCAGGCUCUUAGUUAGGCUUUUUAAAAUUCUUAUUAUCCACUUUUAAACUGUGUCAGGAAAAUGCAUAAUUAAUCAUAAUGUACACACUGAUCAACCACAGCACUGCAAUCCUGUUAAUCCCCCAAAUAUUUUGUAUUAUCGCACUGCAAAGAAGAGUAUUUUAUAUUUAAUAAAUGAACUACCUAUACCA